GCAUCACGUGGCUUCUCUCAGACCCACCCAUCAUUCAUGAAAAACCAACAAAAAGAUGCUUUGGCUUGUUUUGGUCCUCCUGACAUCCUGUAACUGGUCUGUAUUGUUUGCACAGCGUUGUACACCACCCCAGGGAGCUCCUAAUUGUGUAUGUGAGACUGGGCAAGGGACCAUUGAUCUAAGACCCUUGUAUGAUGAAAGCACUCCUAAAUUUAAAGAUGUAAAAGACAGUAAUGGGCAGGCUUAUACUUUUAAUCCCUGUUAUGGGAUUACUAAUAAUCAGCUCUGUGGUGGUGAUGAAGUCAGCUCGGCAGUUAGUGCAGUAUGCCAGAAAGAUACAAAUGGGAAUUAUCGUUCAUGUGGACUUAUUGCAAAUGAACAAUUUCAAAUCGAUGGUAGUAGGACAUAUUUACAGUAUAAUGGUGGGACAGAAGGAAGACUAUCCAUCAUUGAUUUGAUUUGUGAUGAAAGCAAAAAAGAUCCAGAGUUGACAGCUAAAGGAGAUGGAGAUAUGCCACUUACUUAUAAAUUUGACCUUCGCUCAAAGUGUGCCUGUCCUGAUGGGUGUCAGUAUCAGAAUGGGAAGGAUGUAUCUGGCCCUGUAGGAAUUACACUCAUAAUGCUUUUCUUUGCAGGUUUUUUAACUUAUUUUAUAGUGGGAGCAGUAGUUUUGAAAUAUAAGUAUCAAAAGAAAGGCUAUGAUUUAAUCCCACAACGAUUAUUUUGGUUUGCGGUACCAGGAUUGGUUAAGGAAGGAUGCAUUUUUACAUUUGGUCCACUUGUUAGAAUUAUCAAACAAAAAAUGGGCAAAAGCACAGAAGGAACAGAAAAACAAGAUCUAUUAUCAACUAUGUAAUUCAUGUUAAGCUUUUUAUUAUUAUGAGCUCAAAUUUAUUAUGAGCACAAAUUGAUAAUUAAA